AUGAUUAUCAACAUAUUAGGAAGAGAUGUUAUUCUAAGUGGUGCUAGAUGGCAAAUUUUGGGAGGCAACUCUGUAAGGCUGUGGGAAGACUCAUGGCUUCCACAAUCUAAUCAUGGGUACCUUCAUCCUAUUGCUCCUGUGCCUUCCUCUGGCCCCAGGAUGGUGGCAAAUAUAAUAGAUUGGGAGCACAAGACCUGGAAUCUGGUGGACAUUGAGAAUCUGAUUUAUGUGGUUGAGACCAAUGAGAUCUUUUCCCUUCCAUUUGGAGGUAAAGAUACCCCUGACCGCUUGAUUUGGCCUUUCACAAAAACUGGCUCGUAUUUUGUCAGGUCGGGCUACCACUGGAUCAUUGGGAAUAUCAAGCGUGCUCAGCCAAAUAAGAUCGAAUCCUCUCACCAGGUAGAUAAGAAAGUCUGGAAAUGUAUUUGGGAGUGCAAAACUCUCCCAAAGAUCAAAUUAUUCAUGUGGUGUGCUGUCCAUGGAAUUGUUCCUACCUUUGCCAAUUUGUUCAAAAGGAAGUUAAGUCCCUCCCCUCUCUGCCCUCUAUGCCAUGACUUUCCCGAAUCUGUGGAACACGUUUUAUUCUUAAGCCCGUGGGCUCGGAAAGUUUGGUAUGCUAGUACCUGGAGAAACAAUGGAUUUUAUCUCAUGCCUCCUUUGUAUGUUGGAGCAUUUGGAAAGCCUAGAGUUCCUUUACUUAUGACCAUCAUUGUGUUGGCCUCCCCACUCCAUACGUGGUGGCUGGAUUGGCGAGCCGGGAUACCUCUGAAUUUCUUGCAACUUGCUUGCCUGAGAAAGGAGUGUCCUUCCCAAGUUCUAAGGGGUAUGUGCCCAGACCAACUGCCCGUUGCUUCAUCUGGUGUUGUUCUUAGAAACCAUGAUGGAGAGGUGGUUGGUGGUAAGGCUAAUUUGUUCCAGGCGUUGUCUGCUGACGUUGCUGAGGGUCAAGCUCUGUUGGAUGGCCUGAGUUUGGCUAAGGACAAUGGGUUUCUCAAGUUUCCUAUUUUCCAUGCUAUCGAAGAUCUGAGGGCUUCCUCUGAAUACCAAGCAGCGGAUUGGGUAGCUUCUCAAGUUAAGAGAGGGUUGUGCACUGAGGCAAGGGUCAAAAGACCUCCAACUGCCCAGGUUUUCAUCUUGUCUUGCGAUGGCCUGCCUUGCCUUCCGACUACGGCUGCUCGGUCCUGA